GUAAUAGUCAUAACUCAACCAUCAUUCCGAACUGAACGCGAAACAAACAAAAACGACCAAAAAAAAUUUGUUUUACUUAUAACAAAAAAAUCAAUUCAAAGCGAUUUUUUUGUGGUUUUUACUAGAGAAAAUAGAAAGGAAAAUAUUAAAUGCAGUGUUUGUGUCGUUUUGUGUUUUUAUUUUGAUUUUUUAAGUUCAAUUCAGCGGGGAAAAUAACGUAUUCGUACAAUUUUUCAUUGCUGAAGCAGAAAGCUGAGGAAAAAAAAACGUUUAAUUGCUAGUUUGUGUGUUGUUUGCCGAGAGACAAACAGAAAAAGUCCAAACGGCAUCUCACAAACUAAGAAAUAAAAAGAGACCAACAUCGAAAUAAAAGGAUAAAACUACAUUUACGGUUCGUUUGUUUUUUUUUCUCUAUCGUGGUUUAUUUUUCCGUGAGACUUUUCUUGCCGUGAGAUUUAGAGUACACCGCUGAAUGAAAACACCGCGCGCAACACCGAAAACAAACCAUUUUUUAACCGAAACACACACGAAACAUUUUUAAUAUCAACAAAAGGUACACACAUAUUCAUUUCUGAAUUGAACCAAGUUAAUCCUUCGAGUAAUAGAUAAUUUCUGCAAAUCCAUUGAGAUCACCGGAUUCGGCAAACCACGACACGGGUUGAACAAAGGAAAAUUUUGGUGCUCUGAAGUCAACAACUGAAUCAAAGUAACGUGACUUUUUCUUUGUGCGUUCAUUCGAUCGAAGUUACUGUGUGAUUUUGCAUGAGCAUUUUGGAAACAGAGCGUCUACUGAAGAAAUUCACUAUUUUGGACAUUCAACGCGAACAGGAGCACAUUUGCCAUUUUCAUCGGUCCAAUUCGAAAGGAAACCAACCAACCAACCAAAAUCUCAAUAGCAUCUAAUUUUAACAUAUAAAUUGGUCUCGAAACGGGCAUUUAAGCAACGGGUUAUUUGGAUCUUGGGAAUUUAAGAAGUGAGAUAGCGAAAUCGACAGAGAAUAUAAGGAUGACUUCUUCCGUUAAAAAGGAUACCGGUUCAUUUUUUGCACAUGGCAACUCCAAACAAUUCGACUUUGUAUUAAAACUCUAUCCGGAAGUGCUGCAACUUAAAGCAUUCACGCGCUGCAAAAAACCUGAAGAACUUAUACGACUAGAUGAUUGGUAUCAAAAUGAAUUACCAAAAAGGAUAAAGCAACGUGGCAAAAAUGCGCAUCUGGUGCAUGAGGAAUUAGUACAGGCAAUGAAAUGGAAACAAUCGCGUGGCAAAUUCUAUCCACAACUUUCGUACUUGAUCAAAGUGAACACGCCGCGCGCCGUAAUGCAAGAAACCAAAAAAGCAUUUCGUAAAUUACCAAACCUAGAACAAGCAUUAACCGCACUAUCAAAUUUAAAAGGUGUUGGUAUUACAAUGGCGUCUGCUUUGCUGGCGGCUGCUGCGCCCGAUAGUGCACCAUUCAUGGCUGAUGAAUGCUUGAUGGCUAUACCAGAAAUCGAUAGCAUAGAUUAUACAACAAAGGAAUACUUAAAGUUUGUGCAACACAUUCAAGCUGCCGUAGCCCGAUUGAAUUCAGAGAAGGAUAACAACAACUCGCAAUGGACAGCACAUGCUGUUGAGUUGGCCCUUUGGACACAUUUUGUUGCCGUGCAAUUGAAGCCGGAGCUACUCGAACGAAUUCCAACAUCAAACACAAUUAACAGUGGAUCAACCGAAUUGGAAACAACCGCAACCGGUAACAACGAUGAUGAAGAAACGAUCAAAUUGACCACAAGCGACGAUGCAGAAAUCACAGCCGAUGAAAACAGCACCGACAUGGUCAGCUCGUCGAAAGAUGAAGACGAUACAACAACCGAUGGUGAUUUGAAAUCGGAACAGAAUUGCAUCUCAGCCAGCACAGAUGAAAGCAGCACUGUAUUGACAACGCUAGGCGGCAGCAGCCAAGAUAGCGUCACUCAAUUGAAUGGUAGCAACACAGUUACGUCAACAACAACCCAACAAUCCGAUGAGAACAGCCGUUUCGCACACUUUGAACACUCAAACGAAGAAUUAGUUCAAGUUGUUGCAGCUAACGGCAACAAUAAAAACGGAGUGGCCAGUGCGACUGACGAUAGUAGUUCACGAUCUGAUGAUAGCAGCUUGGAGAAACCAGUUACUCCAAUCGUUCCCAACGAUGAUAGUGAUUCACAAGCAAGCAGCAAUAAACGAUCGUUAGACUGUGAAAGUUCUGAAUCACAAAUAACCGCUACCGAAGCUACUGAACCAGGAACAAAGAAAUGUAAAAUUACAGAAGAAUGAAAUUUAUUUUAUAUUUAGUUCUAUUUUUGCAUUAACGUCUAAUACACACACACACACACACAUAAAUAUAUAAAAAAAAAAUUUCUGUUUGAUGUCGCGUAACGUCCGUCGCAUCUUUUUAAUCUUAAUUUUUUGCAAGAAAAAAAAAGCAACAAAUGAAACAAAAAAAAACAAACACACACUAGAUAUAUAUGCAGAAAAAAAAACGUAAAAAAAACAAAUGCGAACUACACUUACAAGAAAAGAAGAAGAAAAAAAACAUACAGACAACAACAUGCGCGUACAUUGAUUUAAUUGAAACAUUCAUAAUCAUCACUUGUGAAAAAAAAAAUCUGUCGACCCAUCUAAACAAAUCAUAAAUGUUUGAUCACAAAUAAGAAGAACAAUGCUGAGAGAAGAAGAAGGAAAUUAAAUUUAGUGAAUGCAAAAACA